CCUGGAGACUCUGGUUGGGGUCAGAGUUAAGUCUCAGAACCACUUGCUCUGUAUAUGAGUGCCAAGUUAAUCCCUCAGCAGGGACAGACAGGGAGGGAACGGACUGCUGGGCUCUGCUUGCUGCUGAAAAGUCACUGGGCAUUCACAAGGGAAAUUUUCCUCCUUUCUUCUGCCCUGAACAUUUUCCCAAACAUGAAGGCGAUAAGCUUACUCAUCUUAGUGGGAUUUAUAGGAGAGUUCCAAGUUUUUUCAAGAGCCUCCUCUCCAGUCAAUUGCCAGUGGGAUUCCUUUGGGCCUUGGUCAGAAUGCAGUGGUUGUACUAAAACUCAGACUCGAAGGCGAUCAAUCUCUGUUUAUGGGCAGUAUGAGGGUCAUCCUUGCGUCGGAAGUGCUUUUGAAACACGAUCAUGUGAGCCGACCCGAGGAUGUCCAACAGAAGAGGGAUGUGGAGAGCGUUUCAGGUGUUUUUCAGGUCAGUGCAUCAGCAAAUCCUUGGUUUGCAAUGGGGAUUCUGACUGCGAAGAAGACAGUGCUGAUGAAGACAGAUGUGACGAUUUAGAAAGUAGACCUUCCUGUGACAUCGAUAAACCUCCUCCCAACAUAGAACUUACCGGAAAUGGUUACAAUGAACUCACUGGCCAGUUCAGGAGCAGAGUCUUCAACACUAAAAGUUUUGGUGGUCAAUGCAGGAAGGUGUUUAGUGGGGAUGGAAAAGAUUUCUACAGACUGAGUGGAAAUAUCCUCUCUUAUACAUUUCAGGUGAAAAUAAAUAAUGAUUUUAAUUAUGAAUUUUACAAUAGCAGCUGGUCUUACAUGAAACAUACAUCGACAGAACUUACAUCAUCUAGUAGGAAACGCUCCUUUUUUGGAUCUUCAUCAUCUUCUUCGUACAGUUAUAUUUCAAAUACUGAUGAAAUCCAUAAGAAGAAGAGUUAUCAGUUGUUGGUUGUUCAGAACACAGUGGAAGUCGCUCAGUUUUUCAAUAACAACCCAGAAUUUUUACAACUUGCUGAGCCAUUCUGGAAGGAACUCUCCUACCUUCCCUCUCUGUAUGACUACAGCGCCUACCGAAGACUGAUUGACCAGUAUGGGACACAUUAUCUGCAGUCUGGGUCCUUAGGAGGAGAAUACAAAGUCUUAUUUUAUGUGGACACAGAAAAAAUCAAACAAAGUGGUCUUAGUUCAGCAGAUAUAAAGAAAUGUACUUCCUCAAGUAGCAGUUUUUUAUUUACAUCAUCUCAUCAAAAAUGCCAGGAGCUGGAAGAGGCCUUGAAAUUAGCUGCAGGAACCCAGUCUAAUGUGUUGAGAGGGUUUCCUUUUGUCAGAGGGGGAAGUUCGGGCUUUGUGUCUGGCCUUAGUUUCCUGGAGCUCGAUAAUCCUGCUGGAAACAAACAGCGAUAUUCUUUCUGGGCAAAAUCUGUGACUGAUCUUCCCCAAGUCAUAAAACAAAAGCUGACACCUUUGUACGAGCUGGUAAAGGAAGUCCCCUGUGCCUCUGUAAAAAGACUGUACCUGAAGCGAGCUCUGGAGGAGUAUCUGGAUGAAUUUGACCCUUGCCACUGCCGGCCUUGUCGAAAUGGUGGCAUCGCCACUGUUGAGGGGACCCAGUGCCAGUGUCAUUGCAAACCAUACACAUUUGGUGUGGCAUGUGAGCAAGGAGUGCUCGUAGGGGAUGAAGCAGGAGGGGUUGAUGGAGAUUGGAGCUGCUGGUCCUCUUGGGGCCCCUGUGUUCAGGGGAAGAAAACAAGGAGCCGAGAAUGCAAUAACCCACCUCCCAGUGGGGGUGGGAAAUCCUGUACUGGAGAAACAUCAGAAAGCAGGCAAUGUGAAGACGAGGAGCUGAAGCAUUUUAGAUUGCUCGAACCACAUUGUUUUCCUUUGUCUUUGGCUCCAACGGAAUUCUGUCAAUCUCCUCCUCCCUUGAAAGAUGGAUUUGUUCAAGAUGAAGGUGUCACAUUUCCUGUUGGGAAAAACAUAGUAUAUACCUGCAGUGAAGGGUUCUCUCUUAUAGGAGACCCUGUUGCCAGAUGUGGAGAAGAUUUACAGUGGCUUGCUGGGGAAAUGCGUUGUCAGAAAAUUGCCUGUGUUCUCCCUGCUUUAAUGAAUGGCAUACGGAGUCAUCCCCGCAAACCUUUCUACACAGUUGGCGAGAAGGUAACCCUUUCCUGUUCAGGUGACAUGUCCUUAGAAGGUCCUUCGGUAUUUCUCUGUGGAUCCAGCCUUAAAUGGAGUCCUGACAUGAAGAAUGUGCAGUGCGUGCAAAAAGAUGCCCCUUUGACACAGGGAGUGCCUGAAUGUCAGCGCUGGGAGAAACUGCAGAAUUCCAGAUGUGUGUGUAAAAUGCCCUACGAAUGUGGAUCUUCCUUGGAUGUAUGUGCUCGGGAUGAGAGAAGCAAGAAGAUACUGCCUCUGACAGUUUGCAAGAUGCAUGUUCUCCGCUGUCAGGGUAGAAAUUACACCCUUACUGGGAGGGAGAGCUGUACUCUGCCUGCCCCACCCGAGAAAGCUUGUGGUGUGUGUCCACUCUGGGGAAAAUGUGACGUCCCGAGCAGCAAAUGCGUCUGCAGAGAAGCAUCGGAGUGUGAGGAAGGAGGGUUCAGCAUCUGCGUGGAGGUGAACGGCACGGAGCAGACGCUGACCGAAUGCGAAGCUGGCACCCUCAGAUGCCGCGGGCAGAGCAUCUCCGUGGCCAGCCUAGGGCCCUGCGCGGCGGGGACCCGAUAGGCUCCAGGUGCCCUUUCGGCUUCCUGGAGGUCUGGCAGCCCGCUGUGGCUCUGUUAAAGCUCUGCGUGCUGGGCACUUCAAAGGCCUUUUCCAGCGUGGAGGCGCAUUCUUUCUGCUCGUCUCCAGUGUCCACUUCUGUCUUCAACUCCAGCCACCUGCAUAAACACAGCCCUUUGUUCUGCCAACCCUCUUUGAAUCCACAUACUCUGUUUUUCUUUUUUAAGUAAGGCUGAUCAGAAUGAAAAACAUUCCUGAAUCUUUGCAUGAGCUGUGUGUUUUCAGAAAAAUUGCUAACUUCUCUGGACCUUGACUUUUUAAUCUGAAAAUUAGAGGAUUAGCUAGAGAAACUCAAAUAUUCUAUUUGCCCUAUGUUUCUUUUAAGUGUGAUUGACCCCACCCACGGGCCAGAGCACACUCUACAAAUUGAAUAGGAAAACGAGAUUUAGAGAAGUUGUUCCUCAAUGAAGCCCAAUACAAAGGGGACUUGGAAUGGAAAAAGACACGGGCAAUUAAUUAUUCCUUCUCAAGUAGUAAUCUCCCGCUUCAUCCUACUGACUCAAGCACCAGAUGUAAGGAUUCCUAAACUAUGUCAGGAGAUUGAAACACGGAAAUGUCAGACCCUGAUUCAUUAUGCUGCAGUCACCAUCUUCUGCCUUCUUGUCUGAGAACAAAUACAAUUCAUUCUCCUCUUUGAGGCUUUUCUUUAGUAUGUGCCAAACACAUGACCUGCCGUUUACCCCCAUCCUCCCCUUUUAUUUCGUAGGAAGCAUCAGUUCAUACCUGAGCUAUUGAGUUGAAUGAGAGCAUAUUUGAGAGAACAGUUUUCUCUAAUGUGGAUUCAAGCCUGGAUUUUUCAGGGGGCUGUACAGGUAGAUCAGUUUGGAACAUUGGCUUUCCAUUUAUUCCUUUUCCAUCUUUCCUCAAAACAAAAAAGCAGCUGUGAGAGAUGAAAUGAAUGGGCUUAAAUGGAAUUUAAAAUAUGCUUUUGUAUACAAAUUCCAUCUCUGUAUUUUUUAGAUGCUGAUAAAUACAUUUUGACAAAACUGUGGCUAAAAUGACAAUGAUUAAAAACUCAUUAAAGUUGUUAUCCUCUGGAA